CUCAACUCCAAACUCUCGCGGUGCUUCGCGUGCUCCCGCUCCAUCUCCAAGAAAAAAAGGGGACUGCUCGCAUCACAGGCUCAGCUGACGCGGCGCUGGGAGCUCGCGGGCACAAAAAGAGGGUGCUGCAGGCGUGGAGCAGAGGUAAGACUUUAUCCAUGGAUGACCAGUCACACUCCUGUACAGCACACUCCUGCAGUGCAGCAGCAUCAUGAUAAGCCCACCACAGACUCUGCUCUAGCUGCCGUCUAUCUAUCGCCAUGGUGAGAGAGAGAGCUCCUGGACCUUGACUCUGUUGCCAUGGUGACCCUGUAGCAAGAACCCUAUAACUCCAAUCUGUUGCCCCGGCGAUCACAUAUAAAAACUAUUUCAAUCUGCUGCCAUGGUGACGCUGUAGACGCCUUAUCAAGUCAUAGUCAGUUGCUAUGGUGAUCCUGUAGCGAGCAGCAGUCGCCAUGGGAACGUCCAGGAUGUUCCGCAUCUUUGUCGUCCUGGGCUCAGCCUUCAUGAUCCUCCUGAUCAUCAUUUACUGGGACGAUGUCGGAGCCUCGCACCUGUACUUGCACACUCCUGUGUCGCCGGGCCCCAAGAUCCCGCAUCCCCCUCCUCACCAGGGGCCUCAGACCUCCCGGACCCCGUCCUUCCUGUCCGACAUCGACGCCUUUGUAAACCAGUUCUUAGAGCCGGGAACUGGGGAGCCCACAGACCCUGCGCCACCUGAUACAAGUAACCAAUCGGAGAAAGCAGAGGAGCGGUAUAUACCGAGGCGGGAGUGGAAAAUUCACCUGACUCCAGUGGCAGCUGAGCUCCGUGAGAGACAGGAGCAGCGGCGGAAGUUGCUUCAGGAGAUGUGUGCUAACGACAGCGUGGUGUUUCCUGGCAAAAACCGUUCGUUUGACGACAUUCCCAACAGGGAGCUGGAUCACCUUAUUGUGGACGACAGGCACGGUAUCAUCUACUGCUAUGUUCCCAAGGUUGCGUGCAGUAACUGGAAGCGCAUCAUGAUAGUUCUCAGCGAAAGCCUGCUGAGAGACGGUGUUCCCCAGAGAGACCCGAUGGCCAUCCCCAGAGACCUGGUCCACAACAGCAGCAUGCACUUUACCUUUAACAAGUUCUGGAAACGUUACGGCAAGUUUGCGAGGCACCUCAUGAAGGUGAAGCUGAAGAAGUACACCAAGUUUAUUUUUGUGCGGGACCCCUUUGUGCGCCUCAUCUCGGCCUACCGCAACAAGUUCGAGCUGCGCAACGAAGACUUCUACCGGCGCUUUGCACAGGUCAUGCUGCGCCGCUACGCCAACCAGCCGACGCCCCCUGCCUCUGUGGACGAGGCGUUCGGCGUGGGCAUCCACCCCUCCUUUUCCCACUUCAUCCAGUACCUCCUGGACCCUCAGACAGAGAAGGAGAUGCCCUUUAACGAGCACUGGCGGCAGGUGUAUCGGCUUUGCCAUCCAUGCCAGAUUCAGUAUGACUUUGUGGGCCACCUGGAGACGGCGGAGGAGGAUGCCGAGCACCUACUGCGCCAGCUGCGGGUGGACAACGUGGUGGAGUUCCCCACCUCCCAUAGGAACCUCACAGCCAGCAGCUGGGAGGCUGAUUGGUUCAGCACAGUGCCUGUGGAGGCGCGGAGAGAACUCUACAAGCUGUACGAACCUGACUUCAGGCUCUUUGGCUACGACAGACCAGACUCGAUCCUCAAUGAGUGACUCGUGUUUCUACUAAACUGACCCAGGCACACACAGACAAACCAUUUUUUAUGUAAUGAGAUAAUGCUACACUCCAGCAACAGUGACACCUCCCCCUUGUUCUGGGCUUUGCAGAUGUGUUCUCCAGUCCUGUCUGUUGUACACUGAAUGUGCACAUUAUUAGGGACGCUCCAAGGAAGCACACUGAUGAGGUGAAUCCAGGUUAACAGCCAUUAUCAAUUAUGAAAUCACAAAGAUAACAAGAAGCACACAAGUUAGAGUUGUGCAAGCAGCUCGUGUCCCUUACAUGUUGCACAUUCAGUGUAGUCCCUAAGGUGCUGUGUGUAACUCUGGAGAAAGAUGGUUCACUGUCGAGUCUCAUUUCUAGGUCAUCAAAUACAAUAAGCGUCAGUAUCUGACAACCUGGAAAUGAGACUCAACAAUCAGCCAUCUUUCUCCAGAGUUACACACAGCGCUUCUGAGUGUCUAGCACUCGCAACGCUGAUGUCACGCCACGCCUGUCAUUUGUGACGUCACAGUCGUGCUGUGACCAACUGUGACGAUCACACAGGCUUUGUAGCAGGACGCCGAAGUGAUGUCACGGAGCCAUACUCUGUUUGCGAUGUCGUAGAAACCCGUUUGGUCAUGACACAGAUGCAGCGGACGGCGGGUGAUUAGUUACAACAAGGUGUUACUAGAUUAGUUUUAAAGGAAUACUUCACCCACAAAAUGAUCAUUUGUAUGUCAGUAACUCACCCUGUGGUUCGCUGAGCUGGUGAAGAAGACCAUGUUUUUGCUGCAUACCUUUUACGGAGAACAGACAAUCCAGGAACAAAAAAAAAAUCUUGAACUGGAGUAAAAGGAGGCAGCGUUAAACAACUUUAUUAGAACAUCAGCUUACGAAGUCUCACUUCUGCACGAGUGGCGUGCACACUACUCGACUGUUUUACAGAGCAUACGACUAUAUUUCAAUCUGGAAAGACUCGUUUUUUGUUGCAGAAAGAAUAUUUAUUAACGUGCAAAUAAGAAUAAAAAUGUGGAAAGUCUUUGGUGAUUAGACCCCGUAGAGAUGGUUUGAUUUAAGGAGGGUGAUGAAUCCAUAGUCGAAUAGGGAACCCCCCCGGGGUCUAGACGCUGGUGGUGGUGGUAGAGGUGGUGAAGAUGAAUGGAGAAGUGCUGAUGAUCUGGAUGAGUAGAGGAAUGAGUCUUUGUUUAGCUUGUCCUGGACUCUGGAUACGAUGGCUGGAGGUGAGCAAGGUGGAGGAGGACGUGAAGAUUCUGCCUAAAAUGAUGGCUGACAGCAGCAGAGGAGAGAGCAGAAAAUUUUGCAGUGCUUUCCUGAUUGGCUGAUAGAGAUUGUGAAGUUUGAUUGGAUAGCUAGAAGCGUGAACACCCAUAGUCAGCUGAAUAGAGGAAGUAGUGAGAGUGGGAUGGAGAGAGUUGUGAAUGGAUGAGCACAAAGAAAGUCUUCCUGAUUGAACUUGAGCGUCGUAACACAAACUAAAGCUCAGUUCAGACCAAAGAUUAGCGAUGAGAUGAAACCGCUUUAGAACGUUGGAGAGAAAAGUUGCGGCGGUGUGAACACGACUCAAGCUGGCUGAAGGUGUCACCUGCAACUCUGCUGCUCAAAUCGCUGGCGGCUGGUUUUAGACCGUAAAGCUCAUCACCUAUUUCUACAGCCAGUUGGCUUGUAGUGAAGUCUGCUGGUCAAGUCAAAAUGACCGCAGACGGCGUGUUCGCUUGCUGCAGCAGGUGGUCCAUCCCUGCCGAGCCCUCUUUUUCCAUCCUAACAGUGUGCCAGUGUCGGAUGGUGGCCUGCUGCUGCUCGCUGUAUGUGCUUAUGCCCUCCUACAAACACACCUUCUCAUUGACUGAUUAAUUGGCGUCGCUUACUUGUAUUAUUGUGGUGUAUUUGUCAUGAAUACAGUCCAUCUGAUGCUGGUUUUGUUUCUGUUUUUCGCAGUUUCAUCACCACUACAAAUACAGCUGUAGCCAGUAUCUCACUAGCCAUGUUUCCAUCAGCCUGUUUAGAUGCGCAUCUAGAAGUAUCGCAUUGGAAAAUUAUAACGGAAACGCCAAAAUUCAAAUUAAAAUCCCCUGAUUCGCACAAACUAAAAUGUGCUCGCUUUAGCUGGGUUUUGGUUGAUUCGAAAAAAUGUUGAUUCGCAAAACGGGGGAUGGAAACAGUUAUGUUCGAAUUAAGUCUGACAUAGCGCACCU